AUGAGAGGGGAAAGAUCUGGCAGAGUAGAACGCUGCCUUGGGAAUGGGGUGGGGAGAAGGAGGAGCACGGACAGUAGGAAGAGGGAAGGCUUUCAUUUGACACAAGAAAAAAAUAUUCAAGGGGAUGAGUUAGAAACGGCAUGGUAGUGCGUCUUGGAUUGUGUAACUAAACUCCAAGACUCCUUUUUUCAUCUCUUAACAGGCAAUAAACCAGAAAGGCGUAAAGAUCUGUUGGAGGUUAGAGUGUACUUUAAAAUGGUUGCAACUAGCAAUUUAAGCAGUAAAAGCACUGCAUGCAUUUCAGAAUUGCUAUACCAAGGCUUUCACCACGCAAACAUAAGCGACUUUGACUACUGGGAUUACGUUGUGCCUGAACCCAACCUUACUGAGGUGGUGUUUGAGGAGAGAACCUGUCAGAGUUUAGUUAAAAUGUUGGAGAACUGCCUAUCCAAAUCAAAGCAGACCAAACUUCACUGCUCAAAGGUUCUGAUACCAGAAAAACUAACCAAGAAAAUAGCUCAAGAUGUAUUGCGGCUUUCUUCAACUGAGCCCUGUGGUUUGAGAGGUUGCAUUAUCCAUGUCAAUUUAGAAAUUGGAAAUGUAUGUAAAAAGCUGGAUAAGAUUAUCUAUGACCCCAGUGUUGUUCCUACUUUUGAACUGACACUUGUGUUCAAGCAGGACUGUUGCUCAUGGCCCAGUUUCAGGGACUUUUUCUUUACCCGAGCUUGUUUCACAUCUGGCAGCAAACGUACUCUGAUUCUGAGUCCUGGGUUUCGGCUUAUUAAAAAAAAACUUUACUCCUUGAUUGGGACAGUCAUUGAAGAAUGCUAG